GGCAGCUGCGUUUUGAAUGGUCCUGCGUUUGAGGAGCUUGAAGGCGUCCAUGGGAGAAAGGAGUCAGGAUGGUGUUAGUUCAUGUCGGAUAUCUGGUUCUUCCCGUGUUUGGUUCAGUAAGAAGCAGAGGUACUCAUUUCAGCAGGCACCAACACAGCCAUGCUACAUCCUGCCGACAUUUCCAUCUGGCCACACCCCUUCCUACCGAGUUCCCACCAACUGGCCUUGCGGCACCACAGUACCAGGAGGUCCCACCCACUUUCCUACCUCAGGCCUUACAGCAGCAAUACCUCAUACAGCAGCAGCUACUGCAGCGCAGACGCACACAAGAACGUGUUCCUCUCAACACACAUCGGUUACGCCCAGGAUAUGAUUAUUCUCCACCCAUGCACAUUCCUCAGCCAAUCACACAACAGCCCAGAUAUCUGGCAGAGGGCACAGACUGGGAUUUGAGCGUGGAUGCAGGUUUGUCCCAUCAGUACUCGCUGCAGCAGAUUCCACAGCCGUACCAGCACUACUUAGCCUCUCCUAGAAUGCACCACUUUCCCCGGAAUACUUCAUCUACGCAAGUGGUUGUUCAUGAGGUUAGGAAUUAUCCAUAUCCCCAGCUGCAUCUACUGGCUUUGCAGAGUUUAAGUCCCAGCCGACAUGCUUCUGCUGUACGAGAAAGUUAUGAGGAGUUGCUUCAGCUGGAGGAUCGGUUGGGCAGCGUGAGCCGAGGUGCCAUCCAGACCACCAUUGAGAGGUUUACCUUCCCUCACAAGUACAAAAAGCGAAAGCCGUUGGAGAUGAAGCUGUGUGAUGAUGAUGAGGAGUCUGACGUAGAUGAGAAAUGCACCAUCUGUCUCUCCAUGCUGGAGGAUGGCGAGGACGUCAGGAGAUUACCCUGCAUGCACCUCUUUCAUCAGGUGUGCGUGGAUCAGUGGUUGGCCACCAGCAGGAAGUGUCCCAUAUGCAGAGUGGACAUCCAGACCCAGCUUACACCUGAAAGCUGAAACACAGACACUGACUCAGUUCACAUUUAUGAAUUGAAGCACAUAGACACAAAAAACAGCUCAGAAAUGAGCACAGGAACACACGCCUAACGGCAACAGUUUAAAGACAUCUUCACAUAGACACAAAACCCAUGUAUACUCAUGCCAUCAAAAGCCUGAAUACCAACACACACAUACACGCACACUCGCAUGUACACACAGGCAAAACUUACACACACAGAAUUACUCUCUAGUGUACAUAGUGGCCUACACUACAUUCUCUGCCUAUAUACACAGGGUCAGUUAAGCAUUAUACUUAUACUUUACAUGUACAACAGUCAAACACACACAAUCCAUUAAGUCAUACAUACAUUCAUACAUACAUACAUAAAUACAUACACUUUACUGAGACAAUGAGACUCUAUUACUGUUCUCUUGUACACACAGGUUUUGAAGAUAAAUGUAAGGAUGAUAUUAAGAGAACUCUGGUCUCUCUCUGUGUGUAUUAGUAGCAUAUGUGUGUGUGUGUGUGUGUUUGUGUAAUUCUAAAGCCAUGUCCCUAAUGAAAGACUUUAUACAAGCUCUCGUCAGGGUCUGCAAGACUCAGAGCUUGCAGACAACACACACAUAUGCUUAACUGCUACUUGAGAGCAGGUGUGUGCACAUUUCUUUCACACUGGAGUUAUUUCAGUAGUGUGUAUGUGUAAGACUGCAUACCUUGUAUGUGUGCUUCAAUGUGGAUGAUCAUAGAAUUUAGUAAGCUGUGUACUAACAAAAAGCCAAAAUUACAACAACAAAAAAAACAAAGAAAAGUAAGCAAAAAAAUUAAACGCAACAGAAGCAUCUCUCAGAAUUACUGUAAUUGAGGGGGCACACAAACAUCUCCAACCUGGGAAGUUAGGAGGCAAGGGGAUAUUGUGAUUGGUGGGUGUGUAGAUAGGGGCGGGGCUCUCCAGUGUAGUAGCUGCAUGCCUGUGUUUGGGCUGUUCUGUAAGUGUAUGCCUCUGUGUGUGUGUGUGUGUGUGUGUGUGAGCAAGAGAGAAAUUUGGCAUGAGUGUAAAAUAGCCCCUUUAAGCUGUGAUGAUCUGUAAUACUAGCAGACUGAUGUAGCGUGUGUGUGUGUGUGUGUGUGCGAGUGCGUGUGUAAAACCCUGCCAUGAUCUUUGACCCAAAAUGCCUACUGAAGAAGCACAUGUGAGCGUAGCUAAAGCGUCCAGCCUCUCUCUGGUGCUUUAUUGCCAUGGUUAAACUAUUUAUUAUUGGUAUUUAAACAUGCAGUGUUUUGAAGGGGUGGGGGAGAGGGGAGGGGCAGCAAUGCUUGUACAUUAAAUGGUGUGCGUUUCUUUUUUGUGUCUGACGGGUCUCCCCUCGUGGUCGCUAUGCUGGUCGCUAUGCUGGUUGCUAUGUUGGUUGCUAUGCUGUAUUGCUAGAACAACUGUUUUAGAAUGUGCUGUGAUGGAGGAGCAUCCACCAAUGCUGCAAGCAAGGGAACGGAACGAGGAUCGAGAGUUGUUGACUGCCUUUAAUUUUUUUAACUUUUAGUAUUUGCAUUUAUUAAAGCUGUCACGAUUAAUUUAUAUGGUUGCGUAUAAGAUUCAAUGCUUUUGGCUAAAGGGGCCAAAUAACACUACUUGGAUUUUUGUAUGGAGUGUCACAUGUUCUUUUUUCUUCUUUGCCAAAACAUUCAUGUAAAUGAAUUGGCUAUGCUCAAUUGGCCCAAGGUGCAAAUGAUUAUGUGAAUACGCAUGUGCAUGGUGGCCAACCAUGGGCUGGUAUCCCAUGCAGGGUGUAUUGCCACCUUGUCCACACUAUCCCUUGGAUGGGCUCGAUAUCCACUGAUCUAUAUGACAGUAUUAUUAUUCAUGCCAUAUUUCAAUGUCCGGACCAUCCAAUAUGGCUGUAUUAAACUUUUUUUUUUUUUUUUUAAACAAACGUGCUUCCCAACACUACAUUUUGUUUGCUGCCAAGGAGGUUCUAAUUUGAACUCGAUCCCUUCCUGUCCAACCUUGCUUCUUAUGUGCUGAUUGGUGGAUGUUGGCUCGUGUUGAUAGUUUACACAGGGUUUUGUCCGUUGAAAUGCCUUAAGUAUUUAACAAUCAUAAUUUAUUACUAACUGUAGAUAUUGUGGGUACAUAUUUAAUUUUGUAUAGUUUUUUUUCUUUGUCAUUUUUUGUGAUUUGAACCAUAUUUUAUUUAUUUAGAGAAAACACAAAAAUGGAGUCAGACUCUUACCUCAUGUUUGAGUUGGUUUUGCAGGAAUGCUUUUCGCAUGCGGGUGGUCGUGUUUUUGUGCGUGUUUCUUCCUUGGUGCUGUGACCUCACUGACAUUCCGCUUGCUGAUUGACCAUAUACGGUGGCGGAGUGCGAGUGCUCUGGGUUUUGAUUCGCUGUCCUGUUUGCACUCUUAGUUUCCUCGAGGCCACCCUCUCACUGGCAUAUUUCCUACCACUCUGGCAACCUCCAUUAUGGUUUACUUCUACUUUUCUCUUUCUCUUCUUUAACAUAAUCAUAUUAUGUUCUUACAUUAAUGCUUUCUUCUUAGAGUUGCAUUUGCUCACGUUCUUUUUCCCUUCUUACUACUCUUACACUUUCUGCCUCACAUUCUUGCACUAUCUUCACCUGUCAAUGCUUCAUGUACUCUUCUUUCACAAAGGCAUUUUGACAACCUUUCUCUCUCUCGUCUCUCUCUGUCUCUCUCUGUCUGCCAGAGGACAUCAGCAUUCUAUAGUGCAGGGUCAGGAUUAACAUUAAAAGCACAAAUGAUUUUUAAAACUGCAUGUUUUACUCAGGUUUGAAUAUAUUACACAACAGAAGUAGAAAUGUACAAUUAAAAUAAAAAGCACAGAUAUUCUACUACUAAUAUUCCAGAAGAUUAUUAUUAUUGUCUUUUUUUUUUUUUUUGCUGCUGCUUGCAUUGAAUAAGAAAAAAAUUAAGGUGCCAGUGACAGGGGUGCCACAUGCUGUCCAGCUGUGGGUGUUUUUUGUUUGUUUAUUUUUGUUUUUACUAGAGGAUUUUCUAGCAGAAAAAAAAUAGAAUUAGAAUAUUUAUCAUUCAUAUUAAAGCAAUAGCGCCUCCUGCUGAAGAGACUGCUGUUAGAUGUCUGGUCAAGUAAAAAGCUCUGCGUGAAUUUAUCUUUUGGUGGAAUUUUUGUACCUUAUUUAUUACUACUACUAAUAAUGAUUUUAAAAAGUUGCAUCGCUAAACCCAAAAUGUUUUGUUUGUUGGUUGUUUUUUUUCUUUUCUUUAAAAGCUUGUACAUUAUCCUUUUUGUAUGUGCUCUUUUUAUAAUAAAAUAAAAAAAAUUCUCAAAA